UAUCAAAAUAGUUUCUUGAGCUAUAAGUUAUUAUCAUAGACACUUCAUUGUGAUAUUUGUGACAUAGAUAAAAUAAGAAUUUCGCGAUCAAAAUGCCAAUUCCAUGUUCAGUAAAUUGUGGAAGGGAUGCUAUUUUAAAAAGACCUAAAACUGGACACACCUUAUGCAAAGACUGUUUCUUCUCGGCCUUUGAAACUGAAAUUCACAAUACCAUUGCGACUUGUAAAUUAUUUAAGCCAGGUGAUAAAGUUGCUAUUGGAGCAUCAGGAGGGAAAGAUUCAACAGUACUUGCAUAUGUUUUAAAAACAUUGAAUGAACGAUAUCAGUAUGGAAUUAAACUGUUUCUUUUAUCAAUUGACGAAGGAAUCACUGGAUAUAGGGAUGAUAGCUUGAAAACUGUUCAACAAAAUAAAACUGAUUAUGGAUUACCAUUGAAAAUAUUAUCUUACAAAGAAUUGUAUGGAUGGACUAUGGAUGAAAUUGUGGCAGAAAUAGGUAAAAAGAACAAUUGCACAUUUUGUGGUGUUUUCCGAAGACAAGCAUUGGAUAGAGGUGCUGCUCUUUUGGGUGUAGACUGUAUUGCAACUGGUCAUAAUGCUGACGAUAUAGCAGAAACAGUUCUUAUGAAUAUUUUGAGAGGUGAUAUCGCAAGACUACAAAGGUGUACUUCAAUUAUUACCGCAGGAGCAGAUUGUAUAAAACGAUGUAAACCACUAAAAUAUGCUUAUGAAAAGGAGAUAGUUAUGUAUGCAUAUUUCAAACGUUUGGUAUAUUUUUCAACCGAAUGUGUAUUCGCACCAAAUGCAUAUAGAGGCCAUGCGAGAACAUUUCUCAAAGAUUUAGAAAAGAUUAGACCUUCGUCUAUAUUGGAUAUAAUUCAUUCAGGGGAAACAUUACAGGUGAAAGAUAACAUUAAAAUGCCUGAACGGAGGAAUUGUUCGUGUUGCGGAUUUAUUUCGAGUCAAGAAAUAUGUAAAGCUUGCAUCAUGUUAGAAGGUUUAAAUAGAGGUCUACCGAAACUUGGCAUCGGGAAAUCCAGUAAAGUUAAACAAAUGUUGAAUUCAAUUACUAACUGUACAAAUGAAAACGACAAAACCAAGAACGACGAAAAUAAAACUAAAAAUAUAGAGUUUUAAUGUCUUUAUAGAUCUUUAAAAAAUUAUAAUAAAUUUUGAAUUAUCAUUAAUGACGCAAUAAAUUAUCAAACUGA